AUGACAAUUAUUCUUAGUACCAUUACAUGUAUCAUUGCCAUUGUUGGAGCAUGGUAUAAUGAAAAUUAUUUGGUUAAAGAGCCUUCACGUGAUUGGGAUGAAGAAAGGCGAUGUCGCUUAAAUCGUUUGUAUAAUGGGAAGGAAGUUGAUUGUAUUGAACAACUACGAGUUAGCAAGAAAGCAUUUCAAAGUUUGUGUACUAUUUUGCAUGAAAAGGGCGGAUUGGUUCGGACAAGAAAUGUUUCAAGUGAAGAAUCUGUUGCUACCUUUUUAAAUAUACUUGCUCAUAACUUGAAGUUUAGGGUCAUCGGUUUUGACUAUUAUCGUUCUAAGGAAACCAUUAGUCGGCAAUUUAAUAGUGUGUUGCGUGCAAUGAUGAGAAUUAGUCAAGAAUAUUUGAAACUUCAGCCAUGUGAUAUUGGUGGUUCAGAAAGAGAGAAGUGGAAGUGGUUUGAGAAUUGUAUUGGGGCACUUGAUGGAACUCAUAUUCCAGUAACGGUGUCUGCUGAGAAUAGACCAAGAUAUCGAAAUAGAAAGGGCGAUAUUUCCACCAAUGUUUUAGGAGUUUGUGAUCCAUAUCUAAAAUUCAUCUAUGUACUAUCUGAAUGGGAGGGUUCUGCUUCUGAUUCUCGUGUUCUGCGAGAUGCUUUGGCCAGGGAUAAUUCGUUUCAAGUUCCAAGUGAUAAGUACUAUCUUGUGGAUGCCGGAUAUGCUAAUGGACCUGGUUUUUUAGCACCUUAUCGAGGAACUAGAUAUCACUUAAAUGAAUGGAUUGGAAACAAUCAUCCCGAAAAUUACAAAGAGUUAUUUAACUUGCGUCAUUCAAUUGCAAGGAACGUAAUUGAAAGGUCAUUUGGGUUGUUGAAAAAGCGAUGGAGUAUACUACGUACACCUUCAUUUUUCAACAUAAAAACACAAACUAGGAUUAUAAAUGCAUGCUUUGUGUUGCAUAACUUCAUUCGAAUCGAGCAACACAAUGACCAUGUGUUACAAGAUCAAGAUCUGGAGUUUUUAGCUUCUGUGGAGCAUGAGAUAUCAAAUCAUUCUACAGUAGAGGGUAACGCAAAUAGGAUUACAAGUGUUCAAGUCACUGAUCAAUGGACUACUUUCCGUGACACAUUAGCAAUGCAGAUGUUUCUUGAUUAUCAAGCACGAGGCGCCACUAAUUCAUGA